AAAAGCUAAACGACCAAGCGCCGUACAUAAGUGUCCCUAUCGGAAUUUAAAAAAACUAACUAAUACGUACCUACAUAAGUACUUAUUUUGAAGUCCGUACCAUUUGCUCCAAUCUAUAAAUAAUAUUUAAAUCAUUUAUGUCUAACAGUUUGUAAAUGGCAUCGAAAUUCAACAUGUAUUUCUGAUGAUAAAAUUCGAAUUUAACAAAUUUUUAUAAAUUUAUUUUUACAAACUUUUAUAGAUGUAUUUUUACAAAUUUUUAUAAAUUUAUUUUACAAACUUUUAUAGAUGUAUUUUUACAAAUUUUUAUAAAUUUGAACAAAAAAUCUCUAAAUCUGGAUUACAUGGAUUAUCAAAGCUAAUACACAUUUUUCCAUCUUCACGUUGUAAGUUUGGAAGAAAACUUGCACAAUAAUUUUAAAAGGUUUGAAAGUAUUCAAAUCUAGCAAUCUAGUUUGAAAUUAUGAAUAUUGAGGCAAUUCAAUGGUAACUCGUAAAUUCGGUAAGUUUUGUAAAAUAAUUUUACAUGCUUUUACAAAAUAAAGAGACACCCUUGAUCUGAGAAAACUUAUAAAAACUUUUGUAAGCUAAUUUUCCUCAGAAAUAUUUGUAAAAUUUUGAGAAAGCUUGUAAGGUUAUAAAAUUUAUGGAUUUUACAAUUCUACCAAACCCCUGCGUGAAUCCCCUUAAUAUUUUUCGCGACAAAUUGCCGAACACCUGGUUAACUGCAAGGCUUAGAGAGUAUUAUUCAUAACUUACUUUCUCCGUCAAAAUGGGACAAAGUGAAAGUGAAAGUUGGCCUAAAGCCAAAAAUAAAAUAAACCUGAGCAGAAAUAUUAAGUGUUUACAUUUUGGUGAAUCUAUUCAUCCGAACGAGCAGUUUUCAUGAGGCAGAGUGCAAUUUAUAAGUAUUGCUCCAUUUUUCAGUGUCACUUACAUAUGUAUGUAACACCAUUUAUCAGAUAAUACAACAUUUUCAGAAAUAUCUACUAUGAGAAUACUCACAUUAACCUUGGCAAAUUAAUUAAGGAUAACCUGCGAAGUUUUGCAAAUUUGCAAGACUUCACUAAACUUUUGUUGGAAAACGGUGAGAAUUUUUUCGCAAAUUUAUCGAGCAACUAUGGGCAUGUUUUUAUUUGGCAAAAUAAUUUCUCAACUUCAUUCUCACCAUCACCAGCAAGAAAAAUUACAGAAACCAUAUCAAAAUAGGUGUUUUUACAAGUUUCUUUGCGAGAUUUGCAAAAUAAAUUUUUUGAGCUUCGCAAAUUUGCUAAAUGUACAUAUUGUAAAUAACAUAUUAUCUUGAGUACGCCUCAGUAUUCCUGCUGAUAUUUUUAGUGGACGAAAGAAAAUUACUCGACAGAUAAUAUUAACAGAAGAUAACUGAGCGAGUGAGUAAGAUUGGGUAAAAUUUGUUCCAAAAUUACGAAAAGUUUACAAAUUGCACUCUUUUCCAAAUAUCUAAAAAAAAUUGUCCCUACUUUCAUCGAAAACAACGUUUUCACAGUAUAUACGUACCAAUUUUCAGGUUUUUAUUUACUAAAUAAUUUCAGAUCUAGGAAUAACGAAACGUAUCCAAAAUGUGUUCAUGCAAUUUCACACAAAGAAAUGUAAGAAAUAUCAGUUUUUCAAAUUUUUACUGCAUAAACAUUGUAUUUUUAAGAUAAAAAUACAAUCGUUCUCGUCACAUCGAAUCCCAUGCAUUUAUUACAUAACUCGACUCACAAUUUUUAAUAAUUAUCACCCGCACGAUAUUUUAUCAGGUGACAGAUACAUAAAUAUAUGUAAGCUUAUCCCCUUAUCGAUGAGCCAUUCUUUCCUGCGAAUUUCCACUUAUCAUCACCAACGCACCCGUUGAUGAACCUUUGAUUCAUCGCACUGGGUUCAUUUCCAGUUAAUCCAUCUCAUUUCACACAUCAACGUUGAAUUUUGCAUAAAUUUCGUUUCACAGUUCUUUCACCGCUUUAACGUUUCCCGGAAUUCCUACCGAAAGCAAUGGCUGAGCAGUACAUGCAACAUCUCACCAUCGAGAAGAUCCUUGGUGCCGGCUGUUUCGGCUUCGUCUUCCAAGUCGCUCACCCCGAGAAGCCCCUUUCCGCCCACAAACUCUUCUUGGCCAGUUCUAACUCUGCCCAAAAUGAUAACAACCCCACAACCCUUCAAGAAUUUGAACGAGAAGGCAACAUGCUUGACAUGGAUCAUCCCAACGUUGUUCAUCUCCACACCAUUGAAGUAAUUCCCGUCCGUAUCAACAUUCUCGAAUGGUACAAAAAUUCUCUACCCGAGUCCGAACACGGCACCGUAUUCGAUAGACUGACAUACCACACAUUUGGACCCAAAGUGGAGCGAAAUUUCCCCAUAAUUCGCAUCACAAUGCAACUUUGUGGGCCUUCCUUGAAAAAAUGGCUGGAAUCUGCAACCACGCAAAAUACUGAUGCGGAUUUCACCUUCCGCCGCCAAAUUGGCGAAGGGCUUAUCAACGGAUUAAGAUAUCUUCACGAAGAAAAAAGCGUCAUUCAUCGCGACCUUAAGCCGGACAACGUCUUAUUUUCGAACGGUGACGGUUUCGUCCUGCCAGUAAAAAUUGGUGAUUUUGGUCUAUCCCGACCCUUCGAAGGGGAAGGAUCAGGAUCAAAAAGUGCAGGUGUUGGGUCACACCUGUAUCGAGCCCCGGAAGUUGGGGGGGAACACGAUCCGUCAGCAAGAUACAGCCAAAGAGCGGAUUUGUUCUCAUUGGGUUUAAUUUUGUGGGAAGUUUUUGAAUUAAUUCCAUUGAAAGAACGAUAUACGCUUUUUGAUGAGUUGGUUAAUGACAGGGAUGAAAAUGUUGUACAAGAUAAUGAUAUCUUUCCACGUUUGAAAGAUGCAAUUAUUGGUCUUACUAAGAAACAUUCGAAAGAUAGGAUUCAGUCUAUCGCUGAAGUUGAUCCGUUUUCCUAAUAAUUAAUUACUUUCGGGAAAUAAUAUGCAUUUUGCAUUAAAAAAUCCUCAAGUAUAACAUUAUCAAGAUUAAUGUAUUAUUUAAUUAAUAAUGAAAUGUAAUAAUUAAGAUAGAUAUAUACAAUGAAAUAGUGAUUUUUUCGCGCUCUAACGAUUUUCGAGUUAGAUGGCUUAAAAGUUGCGUAAUAUUUAGUAGAUCAAAAAUCCGUAAUAAAAUUGGGGUGGUCCUCCAGCAGUUUUCGAGAUUUGAGCCAAAAUGUGCGAAUUUUUUGCUAAUUUUGAGAAAUUAAAGUUUUGACCAAACCUUUGCUUUAGAAUGGCUCCAAAUAAUUUUAAAAAUUAUUUUGGACCAGAAUUUGGCCGCUGCCUCGACUUCGGACCCCAAUUUUCCGAUAUAUUGAACUUUGCAAAAUAAUUGCAUAUUCCGUAUUAGUUUAUCCACGAUCGAAUUAUGGAAUUUUGGUUUGCAUGGUAAGGUAACCCAUAGGUCUAAUCAUCGAGCUAAAGGUUUAGAUAGAAUCCGUUAUUUAUUCCGAAUUUUUUAAACGAACUAGUAAUGUUGUUACUAAUUGGAAAUUAUGUAAAUAUGCAUGUAUGUAACUCUUCGACGUUUGUUAUUGUGGCCUUAAAUUUGGAGAGCGCAGUUAGAACACAUUUGAAAAACAAAUUUGAACGAAAUCCAAAUUAUAAUAUGAAUAAUGAAUUUCUGUUUAACAUUACAACUAAUGCCUGAUACGUCCUGUAGCCAAUUAGAAAUUUUGAAAUUAAUGCAAAGUUUUGUUAACCACUCGGGAUGUUGUUAAUGCCGCGUCGACUUGUUAAUAAAAGCGAUUAGCACGGCAACUUAUCUAAUAUUUUAUGGCACUAGAUAAGACACUCAUA